CCUGUAUUGUCUGCAGUCUCUGGUCAUCCCCUGUAUUGUCUGCAGUCUCUGGUCAUCCCCUGUAUUGUCUGCAGUCUCUGGUCAUCCCCUGUACUGUUUGCAGUCUCUGGUCAUCCCCUGUAUUGUCUGCAGUCUCUGGUCAUCCCCUGUAUUGUCUGCAGUCUCUGGUCAUCCCCUGUACUGUCUGAAUUCUCUUGGUCAUCCCCUGUACUGUUUGCAGUCUCUUGGUCAUCCCCUGUACUGUCUGCAGUCUCUUGGUCAUCCCCUGUGCUGUCUGCAGUCUCUGGUCAUCCCCUGUACUGUGUCUGCAGUCUCUGGUCAUCUUCUAAACUGUGUCCGCAGUCUCUGGUCAUCCCCUGUACUAUGUCUGAGUCUCUGGUCAUCUCCUGUACUAUGUCGCAGUCUCUGGUCAUCUCUUGUACUGUGUCCGCAGUCUCUGGUCAUCUC